UGGAUUUUGGCAGAGUGUAAAGAUGGACAAUUUGGCAUCAAAUGUUCUCAGAGAUGCCCACCGUGCCAGAAUGGUGGGCAAUGCCAUACCCGACGGGGCUCCUGUCUGUGUCCCCCAGGCUUCAUUGGAGAUACCUGUCAGUUUGCCUGCCCAUCAGGAUGGUUUGGAAAUAAGUGCCAAUUUAGGUGUGACCAGGAAACUAUUAGCUUCAAAGAGGGAGAGAAGGAUGGCAGGUGUGAAGGCCUUACCAUCUGUUUACCACCACCUUAUGGCUGUUCCUGUGCUGCUGGGUUUACUCAUCCUAAUGAUCUUGGUUCAACCUGUACACAAGAAUGUCCAACUGGAUACUUUGGUGCAGACUGUAGUCAGCAGUGCAUUGAUUGUAUUGAGGACAAGUGUGAUUCAUUUUCCGGCACAUGUACUCAAGGUUGUAAAAUUGGCACUGACUGCAGAAAAGCAGGUCCACCGUCGCCUAAUGCCACUUUCACAGUCCAGCAACAUAGUUAUACAGCUUCCUGGGAGAUCUCUGAUGUUAGUGCCCUGUAUUUUCUAUCCCAUCAGCUGGUACGUCAACUCAACUGUGAACCUGACAACACCAAGAAACCUCAAAUACACUAUGAAACUCUUGACCUACCUAACUACAAUGCCUCCAAACUGUUGCCUUAUGCAUCUUACAACGUGUGCAUUGUGGCGAGUUCCUCUAAGGGCCUCAGUUCACCUCAGUGCUCUUUAGUGAAGACACAAUCCGCAGUUCCAGAUGUGAACAUUACAAGGUUGGAAUGUCAUGAAAAAGUAAAACUGGCAUGCUUUGUUGAUAUAAGCGGUAGUUGUGAGAACUACAAUGGGCCAAGUGUGAAAAUUUACUUCAUUCUCAAGGCUGAGGUACCAUGUACUCAUUCUCACACCACUUUACAAAGGACUGUAAAAAUUGGAAAAAAAAGCAGAAUACGGGUAAAUUUUAGUAAAUAUUUGGCUGGAGUGCGGUAUCAAGUAAGGGCUGAAGUUGUUAAUGAUGCUGGCACUGGACACAUGUUUAAUAUAACUUUUGACACAAAAGAAAAAGUUCCACCACUUGUGCAAAACUUGACACACAUCAUCUUGUCUGAUACUGUAGUUCAACUUCGGUGGAAUGAUUCAUGUCCAUCAAAUGGGAAAAUUACAGAAAUAUAUAUUUAUGAUCCUGAUAGACGUCAUAUACCACUUGAGUCCUGUGCAACUACAGAAUCUUUUGAUCGCUGCCACAACAUUACUGGACUGAAACUAGGAAAAGAAUAUCAAUUUAAAAUAAAAGAAGCAAAUGGCGCAGGAGAGGGUCCUGCUUCUUCUCACAAAGUUGUCUUUGAAAGAAGACCAGGUUCCCCACAGGCUAUCAAAUUCAUACCAGGACUCAGACACAUAAAUCUUUCCAUGGAGCUGCCCACAUACCAUGGGGGAAAUCUCAAGAACUGUACUAUCAUCAUCAGUUCCUCAAAGAAACAAUGCAAUUUUACUUUGAAAGAGGAGAAUUCAUCCUUGAACUGUAUUAUUGAAGACUUGGAGAAAGGGAAGAGAGAGGUUGCCAAGGCACACUGUUGCAACACCAGAUUCUGUGGCACAGAUUUGCAGGAGUUUGUGGCCACCAAAUCUAUUCCACCCAAACUCACUGGCUCCCUAGAUAUUGUAAGAAAGACGGAAUCAACACUAACCCUCCAUCUUCCUACCAUUAACCACAGCCAGGAUGGAAACAAUUCCCUGAUUGUUGCUGUUCAAGUUGAACACCAAAAUAAAAGUUUGAAUCUGAGUUCUGCAAUCCAAUUGCUAGUAGAAGAACGUCAUCAAUCAACAAGGAGGAGACAAAACUUAGUAGAAAGAGUAAACUAUUGCCUGGAACAAGAAUGGAUUGCUGCAGAACUUACACAGGAUCAAGAGGAGUUUGUGGUGGGAAAUGGUGAAAUAUACAAUGGAUUUUCUAACUGCCCUCUGAAGAUAGGGCAGGUCUACAUUAUUGGAACCAUGGCAGUGAAUGAACUUUUGGGAACAAGAACUUAUUCUAAGCUAGUGAUGAAGAGUGGAGUCAUGACAGAAAUAACUUCAUCUAGUCUGUUCCUCCUACUUCUGUUACUGCUGGUAUUACCUGCUCUGGCUCUGUUGGCUUACUUCAGACUUUAUAAGAAGCCAGCAAGUGGUGACUGCAAUCCUAAGUUUAGUCCAGGGGUAAGUCAAGAAAUUUUGAUGCAACCUCGGGAACCAAGUAAUAAAACCACAGAUUAUAAGCCAGAUACUGAAAUUCCGGACCCCAUAAAAGAGUAUGAUGAACAGACUAAAGCCAUCUAUGAAAAUCUGAAGCCAGAAGAAUCAAGUGAUUUCAUUUUAAGUCAUAUACCCAAUGCUGAGGUGGAGGCUUACCUUAAUAAGGUUAUUGGUUCCAAGAAAGUAGGAGAUGACUUCAGGACUGUGCCAUUAAGUUUAAACAAGAGCAUGACUGUGGCUCAGCUUCCGGAAAACAAGGCCAAGAAUCGCUUCAAAAACAACCACCCUUAUGAUGAUACUCGGGUAGUUCUUACCUGUAUUCACGGGGUUUCCAACUCUGACUACAUUAAUGCCAACCAUGUACAGGGAUAUGGAAACAUGCGAUACAUUGCUGCUCAGGGCCCAAAGGAUGCCCAAGUGUCCACCAUUGCUGAUUUUUUGAGGAUGGUAGUGGAGCAAAACAUCACUGUCAUCAUUAUGGUGGCCAACUUUGUGGAGAAAGGCAAGAAAAAAGUUGGAGAAUACUUCAAUCCUGGACAGAAUUUGAACUUUGAUGGAUUUGAGGUGGUUGUCAGCAGCACAGCAGAGCAGUCACACUUCACUCUGUCUUCUCUCUUGGUGAAACAAGAAGAGAAGAUACACCAACUGCAGCAUUAUCACUACUCUAAGUGGCCAGACCAUGGUAUCCCCACAGAGGUAAUUUCGAUUGCACAAAUGCUAAGUCAUUUUCAAUCUCAUCACUUGCAAGGAGGAACAGUUGUUCAUUGUUCUGCUGGGAUUGGACGCACUGGCACUGUUCUCCAGGUGCUUCUGAUGUCUGAGAUGUUAACAUUGAAGGGCUACCUCAACCCCAUUGAAAUAUUGGGCAAACUAAGAAUGAGUCGUGCUCGAUUAGUCGAGAAUGAAGCACAAUAUAACUUGAGCUUAGAGAUUCUGGAAGAAAUGUUGUUUGGAAAAGAAACAGUUGUAUCUCCAGAUGAUAUCUUGAAUCACAUGGAUAAAUUUAUUUCUGUAACCAAAAUACAAUAUGCCAGGGCCAAGGCUUUGCCUUCACCACUAUCUUUCAGCACCUCUGAUAUGCCAAGUUUUCAACACCUUAAUCGCAACCAAUCAGUGUUACCAGCAGACUCCAACCGCUGUUACCUCCAGCCAAGAGCAAGGGUGGAUUCAUGGUUGUCACAAUACAUAAAUGCCAUACGAGUGCCAGGCUCAAGUCGGAAUCAGUUUAUGAUAGCCACUGAGCACCCACUUCCCCACACUGUAUCCAGCUUUUGGAGGCUGGUGAUAGAGGAACAGUGCACCAUAGUAAUUUUCAUCAACAGCUUUGAGAACCAGGAUGAGAAUGAAUUUCCUUCUUUGCUUAUGGAGCCUGGAGAGAUAUGGAACACUGACCACUAUCAGCUGCAGGUGAAGAAGACAGUCCUUUAUGGCACCUGGCUGAAGCACUCAUCCCUCACCAUCUCUUCAACUGAAGACUGGAUCCACUGUGUUGAUGUGUACCAGAGUGUGGAGUGGCCAGUCUCCUCUCCAUUGCCUCCAUCUCCUUAUCUCUUGCUGACUCUCGCUGAACUUCUGCAGAUCCCUCGUACUCACACUUCUGGACCUCCCCUCAUGUGUUGCAGUGAUGGCGUGACAGGUUGCGGAAUAGUGGCUGCCAUGACUCUCAUUGUGGAGCAUCUCCGGAGUGAGCAGGUGGUAGACGUGUAUAGAACAGUGGUGAAGCUUUUGCGGGCAAGACAACAGUUUAUCACCAGUGAGGAGCAAUUCCAUAUGCUGUACACCAGCUCUGCCAUCUAUCUGCAAGAAUAUGCCAGUUAUGGAAAUUUUCAGUGAGCAUUAUUCAUUGUCUUUCACCUCACCCAGCCACAUACACGUUAACAGUGACACUGACUGAUAUCCUCACUCAGUAAUUAAUCUUCAUAUUCCAGUAUGGUUUUAAAAUGAACAACAAAUUUUCUUUAUAACAAGUUGAAGUAUAAAUUACCUAAUGUAAGAUACAAGGUUUUUGUUCUGCAUUAUUUAGUCCUUAUAAUUAAGUAGAGGAAUUGUAGUACUAGCUCACACACCAAAAGAUUGGGUAGAACAUUACUUUGAUGUAGUUGGUAAAGCAGAGUUUAAUUAUUGCCAUUUAUUUUUAACAUACUAUUUCCUUUGUAUUUUAUUGUUUUACUAAAUGUUGUUUGUAGUAGUUUUAUUAGUCUGAUUGAACUUGACUUUGCCAACACAUAUUAUUUGAGAUGUAGAUGAAAAUUGAGGCUACACUCAAACCAUGAUUUGACAAAUGCACGAAUUACAAAUUUUUUUAUUAAAAAUAUCUGACCUUUCUUGAGAUGUAUGUAUACAUGAUUUUGGUAUACACAAAUAGCAUUUUCUUUAUUUUCAAUGAAAAAUCCAAAACGUAUAAGUCAUACAAUUGUCUUUUUAAUACCUCAUUUCAAAAGCUUUUAUUGGCCACUACCAGCUUGUUUCAUUGAAUUCACCUAACCACUAUGAAACACAUUAACAUAAGAUCUUAAGAAAAGAAAGGGAACUUCAAAAAUCCUAUAUGUGGCACUCCCUGACUGCUGGUCUUACUUGUAAUAUGCCAUAUUUGCUGAUGAUCUUGAAAUAUUUUUAGCUCUUCCUACUGUUGCCAUAAAUAAGUCUAACAAU